AUGCUCAAAGGACCAAGACUUUCUUCGUUUCUUGACCUUGGUAGUGGUCCCAAGGGGAAACCUGCCCAUUAUCUCUUAACUAUCACCAAGGCAACUCUUACAGCUCAUUUGUUGCUCUGGUUGCUCGUCAUGCCGUGCAUCGUUAGUUUUUUCUCAACUUUCAUUCUAGAAAAUAAGCUGACAAUUGAAUUAAGGUUCGAAGAACUAGUGCUGACAAAUGAAAAAUUGAAAACUUGGACUUUGUUAUCAAAACAUGAGAAAACAUUUCAGCAUAGCCCCGAUCAUCAGAAGCAUACCUACAAGCUGUAUUAUACAGACUCGAGGGGCCGCGCUGAGCCGAUUCGCCUCAUUUUUCAGUCUGUUGCUUUCAGUAAAGUUCAUAUUCCAAUGAGGACAUUUUUUCAGUUACUUUCACACGCGUUUCGAUGAUUUCCGCAUGACGAUGGAACAAGUGCCGGAGUUCAAGCCUAGUGAGAGACACGUCGGGUUUCAGAUUCUCUGUGAUGCUUUUAGAAUCUCCCAUGCAUCAGUUUCCUUUUUUGGAAAUCGACGGUGGGAAAACCAUGCUAUGCCAGACAGUCUCGGUCUGUCGAUACUUGGGCAAAUCCCUGGAACCAGACCUUUGUGAGGAGUUCUGGAAUUAUUACGGAACUCAAGAUUCGUUCCAGGGUUCGGGGGAGCCACAAAGACCGACUCUGCGAAGGUUGACAUGUACGCCGACGCCUUCUCCGACGUCUUUAACACCGCCAUGAUGGCCAAAUACGCGGACGAAUCGAUCAGAGUGAAAAUAGAUCGCAAGCGAGUCGUAUAACAACUAUUUGGAGGAAACAAUGAUGAAAAACGCUGAGAAAACUCUUCAUGUGCGGCUGUCCAUCUUGCAGGAUCACAUCAAGAACAGCAAAGGCGACUAUUUCGUCGGGAAGAAGGUUUUCAAAAAAUAAAAGCAUUAUUGAGCUGCGAGGUUAGUAAAAUAUCAAGCCAGCGGGAAACUCAAAGUAUGAGAUUAUUAAGAAAAGAAAUGAAACAAUUCGUAACACAUUUUGAAACUUCGUCCUGAAUAUCAAGCCCUGACCAAUUUGAAGGAAGAACUACUGCAUUCGAAGAUCAGAGAAUAAACCUGGCAUUCAAUCUCGACAAUUUGAGGUUCAUUGGUGCGAUCUGUACAUCCUGGGGGUUCUCGGCACACUGGAGGAGUACGACGAUCACCUGCUCGACGAACUUUCCGAGCUGAGACACUACUACCUGAGAAUGCGGAACCUGCCGCAGAUCAAGGAAUACAUCGACGGAAAUUGGCCUGCCACUAAAUAUCAUGAUUAA